AUGAUCAGGGCUGCCAGAUUACAAGCGUGCGCGCGCCAGGCGGCACGGAGCUAUAGAUUCCAAUCGACUCUUCCACCUACGCCAGUGAAGAAGUCCAGACCAGUCAGAAAAUUCUUUUUCCGUUUAUCCCUCUUAACGGCAACGUUCUAUCUUGGUGGAGGGUAUUUGGCUACCAAGAACGACGCUAUUCAAGACGCGUUUGAAGACUUUGUUCCGUUCGGCGAGUUUGUCGUUUCCAACAUUGAGUACUACUCGUACCAUAAGGACGAGCUUUUAAGUCCAUUCUCCAAGGUUAACGAUUCGUUUGCCGAUGUCAAGGAGAAGCUUGGACUGGAGAAGACGGUGCCAAUUCCAAAACAGGGUGUUCAGAGUGACAAGAUUGAGCUGAAGAAGGAGGAAGAGACCCCAACCGAGACCGCUGUUGGGCGUAGCUUGCCAUUGUUGCAUUUAGAGACCGGCGACCAAGUGAUUGACAGCACGGUCAAUGCGUUGAACGAGUUGAUCGCUGCCAUGAACUUGAAGGUGACCAGUUUGGAGAACCAGCAGGUUGUGGAGUCUUUGCAUCGGAGCUUGACCUCGCUGGCAGAGAAAUACAAGACUUUCAGUACUGCCAAGCAGCUUGAACAGGGUGUUGUUGACGAGCAGCUGAAAACAUACUUGAAUCAAAAGGAGGUCGAAUUGACACAGGAGUUUGUGAACAAGCUCGAGGAGGCCAAGAAACAGCUCGAAGAGCGUCAUUCUAAGCAGUUGGAAGGAGAAAUUGGAGCUGCCGAAAAGAGAAUCCAGCUGGAAGCUUUGAACUUGAUCGAGCAAUCGAAAUUGGCUGCCAUUGAGCAAUUCAACAAGGUUAUCAGCGAAAAAGUCGACUCCGAGAGAGCCAACAAGUUGAAGGAUCUGGACGCCUUGGCUGCCAGAGUCUCUGAGAUUGAAAAGUACCAAUUGGAGCUCGGCAAGAGUGCCGGUCUCUACUACAACUACAGAGACAUCAAAAAGAGCAUAGGCGCUUUGCAGGGACUGUUGCUAUCGAACGAGUCUUCUCCAAAGCGUGGUGAGGAGUUGGUGAAGGAAUUGGACAACCUGAAGAAGCUGGUUGCAUCUCUGGACAACGACUUGAUCACACAGGCUAUCAACGCUCUUCCAUCUAACGACACGUUGUUGAGAAAUGGAGGUGUUUUGACGCAAUCUCAGCUGCUUGCCAGAUGGGAGCUGCUGCUUCCUGAGCUGAGAUCUGUUUCGCUUCUUCCACCAAAUGCCGGUCUUGUUGGCCACAUUUCGUCGUUUGUGUUCUCGAAAUUGCUGUUUGCCAAGAGUGGCAAGCCUGUCAAGACUGACGACGAGCUGAUCGGCAACGACAUCGAGUCGGUGAUUGCCCGUGUCAACGAGUACCUGGUGAAGAACGAGCUGGACAACGCUGUCGAGGAGGUCUCGAACAUGAAGGGCUGGGCCAGAAAAUUGGCCGACGACUGGCUGGCUGAGAGCAGAAGAAAGCUGGAGCUCCAAUUUCUGGUGGACUUACUCGAAACCGAGGUGGACGUGAGCGUUUAG